AUGGCUUCGGUUAUCACAAGGGGAAUUGAGUUAUCUUCAUCUAUCACUCGGGAAAAGUUUGAGAUGAUCAGCAUAGACCCUUUUGAAAAGUGUAUGGAGAUCGUUGAGAGCUCCUUUGUGGAUUCUGGAAUGGACAAAAGUAGUGUAGAUGAUGUGGUCCUUAUUGGUGGCUCGCCCCGAAUCCCCAAACUGCAACAACUAUUGCAAGACUCUUUUAAUGGGAAGGAUUUGUGUAUGAGCAUCAACCCUGAUGAAGCAUUGGCUUAUGGUGCAGCUGUCCAUUUUGGUCCAGACUUGGUUCAGUGUGUUAAUGUUUGCAGGUCUACUCCAAUUGUUUCACUUGGGCAUGGAAUGUCGCUUGAUGAAUGUUGA